AUGAGGGAUGAUACCCCCAAUAUCAUCGCUUCGGCCGCCAUAACACUUCCUCUCGCGACCUUGGCCCUUAUUGCUCGACUCAUUGCGCGACGGAUUACAAAGGCUGGAUAUGGCAUCGACGAUGUAUUUUCCGUCGUUGGAUGGUUGGGUUCAGUGGCCUUGAUGACGAAUGGAAUGAUAUGGAUCACGGAUGGGCUGGGAAAACCAAUGGAGAAUGGCCUCACAGACGACUUUACCUUCUACGAUAAGAACCGACUAGCAUGGAUUCAUAUGUGGACGACGAGCUUUACUUACACCUUCGCCAUCGCCUUCUCGAAAUUCGCUAUACUCGCCUUCUACUGGCGCCUCUUCCAAUUCUCCGACAUCCGAAUACCCAUCCAAGUCCUCUCGUGUAUCACUGUCGCAUGGUUCCUAUUGCGCUUAUUCAUGGUGUGCUUGCAAUGCCUGCCUCUUACAGCAUUGUGGGAUGGAACGCAGGAAGAAAGAGCAGCAAAAUGCCACAUUAAAGAGUCGACGUUUUUCUUCUCAACAGUAUUGACGCAUGUUUUGAUCGACUGCGCGAUUCUCAUCCUGCCUGCCAUUGAGGUUGGAAAACUUCAUCUGCCGAAAGGCCAGAAGUUUGCCGUCAUCGCCCUGUUUGCAUUUGGUGCCAUGACGUGCCUUGCCUCUAUUUUCGUCCUCAUCGAGUCGUUCAAGUUUGAGUCGGACUCCAAGGAGAUGACGUUGCAAAUGGGACUCCACUACGCUUGGUCUAUCGCCGAGUGCAAUUUUGCUGUAAUUGCUGCAUGUCUUCCAAUGCUUCGACCCGUGGCUCGUCGUGUCUUGCCAGGAUCUUUCCUUACUUCCAACAGUGGCGGCCAAUCCACCCAGUUCAGCGCUCCCUUCAGCGCCCCAUUCAGCAAUGGCAUACGCCUCACAGGCGUGUCCAAGACGAGGUCUCGUGAAAACGACGGAGGCAGCUCAACGCAUGAAUUGGCGUCAAAUAGUGGUGGACCACCAGAUAUAUACGACAUGGCAGAAUGGCCCAAUGGAACCCAAACAACGAUAUCAAGCCCUUUCAGAAAGUAUACGUCUGCGAAAGACUAUGAAAGUGGCGAGGCGGGAAUUCGUGUCAAUGAAGAAACCGAUAUUUCUGUCCAACGGCGUGACGACCAGAUAUAA